GUGUGUGUGUGUGUGUGUGUGUGUGUGUGUGUGACCGUGGUGGCUGUGCAGCAGGACCAAGCAGCGAACAGCCAGUGACACGGAACAAAACAACGAAAAAUCAGAAACGUUUUCUGAAGAAGAAGAAAGUCAGAAAUCAUCAGGAUCGUAUCCCAUCAUGCCUCGGGUGUCGUUCUCCCCUCCCACUCUGUUCCUCCCUCUGCUGGAGCGCCUCCUCCCCUCCCUCCCCCCGACGCUGCCAGACAUGGAUGUCCCCCCUCUGUUCCGGCAGCAGUUCAUCCUGUCCGGGUAUCGUCCCGUGGACUUGUCCUGGCGCUGUUACGUCCUCAGUCUCUUCCAGCUCCACAACGAGACUCUGAGCGUGUGGAGCCCCCUGCUGGCCGCCGUCUACAUGCUCACGAGGUUCCUGAUGUUCGCCGUCCUGCAAGGGGGGGGGAUCCUGGGAGUUCGGCUGCAGGGUCCUGAAGGUCAGGGCUUCUCUGUGGACGCGUCGUCGCUGCCUCUGGUUCUCUACGUCUUCUCUGCUGUCACGCACCUGAGCUGCAGGUGAG